UCUUUCUAAAAAUCAUCCAUCACAUGUGCAGAUUAGAAAUCGACGAACCCGUUGAACAACAUAACCCUAUGAUCUCUCCCAACUUUGAGCUCCCUGUGUAUGAGGCGGAGGAAGAAGAGAAUGAAGAGAUCCCUGACGAAAUCUCUCGACUACUCGAACAAGAGAGGAAGACCAUUCAGCCUUAUGGGGACGAACUAGAAGUGAUUAACUUGGGCACCAAAGAAGACAAGAAAGAAAUCAAGGUUGGGGCAUCGCUCGGAACAAGUGUUAAAAAGCAAGUGAUAGAGCUCCUCAAAGAAUAUGUUGAUGUGUUUGCCUGGUCCUACCAAGAUAUGCCGGGUCUAGACACUGAUAUUGUGGUACAUCACCUACCUUUGAAACCUGAGUGUCCGCCAGUCAAACAAAAGUUGAGAAGAACACGUCCUGACAUGGCUCUCAAAAUCAAAGAAGAGGUACAGAAACAGAUCGACGCUGGUUUCCUCAUCACAUCAAAUUACCCCCAGUGGUUAGCUAACAUAGUGCCUGUUCCAAAGAAAGAUGGUAAGGUCAGAAUGUGUGUUGACUACCGUGAUUUAAACAAAGCUAGCCCGAAAGACGACUUUCCUUUACCUCAUAUUGACGUGUUGGUUGACAGUACUGCAGAGUCUAAAGUCUUCUCAUUCAUGGAUGGAUUCUCCGGUUAUAAUCAAAUCAAGAUGGCACCCGAAGAUAGAGAGAAAACAUCAUUUAUUACACCUUGGGGCACUUUCUGUUACAAAGUAAUGCCGUUCGGUUUAAUCAAUGCAGGAGCUACUUAUCAGAGGGGUAUGACUACUCUUUUCCACGAUAUGAUACAUAAAGAGAUUGAGGUCUAUGUGGAUGACAUGAUAGUCAAGUCGAUUACUGAAGAAGACCAUGUCAAGUAUCUACAGAAGAUGUUCCAGCGCCUGAGGAAGUACAAACUUCGUCUAAAUCCCAACAAAUGCACUUUUGGUGUCAGAUCCGGAAAGCUUCUAGGCUUCAUUGUCAGCCAGAAAGGCAUCGAAGUAGAUCCUGACAAAGUCAAAGCCAUCAGAGAGAUGCCUGCUCCGAGAACAGAAAAAGAAGUAAGAGGUUUUCUUGGACGACUAAAUUACAUUUCCCGGUUCAUUUCUCAUAUGACUGCAACUUGUGGGCCGAUAUUCAAACUACUCCGCAAAGAACAAGGUAUUGUGUGGACCGAAGAUUGCCAGAAGGCUUUUGACAGCAUAAAGGAGUACUUGCUAGAACCACCGAUUCUCAUCCCUCCAGUUGAAGGAAGACCUUUGAUCAUGUACCUAACAGUGCUAGAAAAUUCCAUGGGUUGUGUGCUCGGACAACAAGAUGAAACCGGAAGAAAAGAGCACGCCAUUUAUUAUUUAAGCAAGAAGUUUACUGAAUGUGAAUCUCGCUACUCCAUGCUCGAGAAGACAUGUUGUGCUCUAGCCUGGGCUGCCAAACGCCUCCGUCAUUAUAUGAUUAAUCACACUACUUGGCUGGUAUCUAAAAUGGAUCCAAUCAAGUACAUAUUUGAGAAGCCCGCUUUGACAGGAAGGAUUGCACGGUGGCAGAUGCUACUAUCUGAGUAUGAUAUCGAGUACCGUUCCCAGAAGGCAAUUAAAGGCAGUAUUCUUGCUGAUCACUUAGCUCACCAACCACUUGAAGACUAUCGACCUAUCAAGUUUGACUUUCCUGAUGAAGAGAUUAUGUAUCUAAAAAUGAAAGAUUGCGACGAGCCACUAUUCGGAGAAGGACCUGAUCCAGAUUCAGUGUGGGGUUUGAUAUUUGAUGGGGCUGUCAAUGUAUACGGCAACGGCAUAGGGGCAGUACUCCUUACUCCUAAGGGUGCUCACAUCCCUUUCACAGCAAGACUCCAGUUUGACUGCACAAACAACAUCGCUGAAUAUGAAGCCUGCAUCAUGGGUAUUGAAGAAGCCAUUGAUCUAAGAAUCAAGAACAUCGAAAUAUAUGGAGAUUCAGCUCUUGUAAUCAACCAGAUCAAAGGAAAAUGGGAAACUCUUCACGCAGGACUAAUACCUUAUCGAGACUAUGCAAGACGUUUAUUGACCUUCUUCAACAAAGUGGAAUUACAUCAUAUUCCUCGGGAUGAGAAUCAGAUGUCUGAUGCCUUGGCUACUUUGUCUUCAAUGAUCAAGGUGAAUCAUCACAAUGACGUGCCACUAAUCAGUGUCAAAUUCCUUGAUAGACCCGCUUAUGUGUUUGCCGCUGAAGUAGUUUUCGACGAUAAACCUUGGUUUCAUGAUAUUAAGGUGUUUCUCCAAACUCGAGAGUAUCCUCCUGGAGCAUCCAACAAAGAUAAGAAGACUCUCAGAAGAUUAUCUAGUAAUUUCUUCCUGAAUGGGGAUAUCUUGUACAAAAGAAACUUUGACACGGUCUUGCUCAGAUGUGUAGACAAAUAUGAAGCUGAUUUAUUGAUACAUGAAAUACACGAAGGAUCCUUCGGAAUUCAUCCUAAUGGGCACACAAUGGCUAAAAAGAUAUUGCGAGCAGGCUACUACUGGAUGACAAUGGAAUCAGAUUGCUACAAGCAUACCAGAAAGUGUCACAAGUGUCAGAUAUACGCCGAUAAGAUUCAUAUGCUGCCAACUACACUCAAUUUGCUUUCCUCUCCGUGGCCUUUCUCUAUGUGGGGCAUCGACAUGAUCGGAAGGAUUGAGCCCAAAGCUUCAAAUGGACACCGUUUUAUCCUAGUGGCUAUUGACUACUUCACUAAGUGGGUUGAGGCCGCAUCGUAUGCCAAUGUGACCAAACAAGUGGUGGUCAAAUUUAUCAAGAAUCAUAUCAUUUGUCGUUAUGGCAUCCCCAACCGGAUCAUCACCGACAAUGGAACAAAUCUAAACAACAAGAUGAUGAAAGAAUUGUGUGAUGAUUUCAAGAUCGAGCACCAUAACUCUUCACCUUACAGACCCCAAAUGAAUGGGGCAACUCCCUUCUCCCUGGUAUAUGGCAUGGAGGCAGUACUUCCUGUAGAAGUCGAAAUUCCAUCAUUGAGAGUCCUAAUGGAGGCUGACUUAUCAGAAGCUGAAUGGGUUCAGAAUAGAUACGACCAGUUGAAUCUAAUUGAAGAAAAGCGCAUGACGGCCCUAUGUCACGGACAAUUAUAUCAAAAAAGGAUGAAACAGGCCUUUGACAAGAAAGUUCGUCCCCGUGAGUUUAAAGAAGGUGAUCUUGUGCUCAAAAAGAUUUUCUCUUUCCAACCAGACUCCCGAGGCAAGUGGGCUCCUAAUUAUGAAGGUCCGUAUGUUGUUAAAAGAGCCUUCUCAGGUGGUGCCAUGACUCUACAAACCAUGGACGGUGAAGAACUUCCACGACCUGUAUCAUCCCCAGCGUAG